AUGCAAAAUUACCGGGGGAAAGCCUUCGGCAGUCUCCCACCACAUGUGUUCGCGUUAGCUGAAUCUGCAUAUAGUUCUUUACAGAACGGUGAGAAAAACCAAUCAGUGGUGAUAUCAGGCGAGAGCGGCGCAGGCAAGACUGAAACGACCAAGCUGAUACUGCAAUACUUGUGCGCGGCGGGGGGACAGGCCUCCUGGGCUGAACAGCAGAUCCUCGAAGCUAACACAGUCUUGGAAGCUUUUGGUAACGCUAAGACAGUGCGCAACGACAACUCUUCCCGUUUCGGAAAGUUCGUAGAAGUACGCCUGGACCACAGGGGUGGUAUCAAGGGCGCAGUACUCAGGGACUUCCUAUUGGAGAGGGCAAGGAUUACAGGCCCAGCACCCAGGGAGACUAACUAUCACGUAUUCUAUCAGCUAGUACAGGGAGCUAAGUACAAAUACUUGAGGCCCGAAGAAGACAAUGCCCGCAAAGGUCGCGCCAGCGAACAAGGCAAGCUCGAAGCGUUACAGCUAGCCCUCACCGUGCUGCAAGUGCCUCCGCAUAUGUGCGAGGGACUUUUUAAAGUGCUUGCAGCGGUUUUAUGGCUCGGCAAUAUACAAUUUCAGGAUAUAGACGGUGAGCGCACAACUCUAGCACCAGAGGACACGGAAGCGGUGGACGCGGUGGCAGCCCUGCUAGGGCUGGCGCCACCCACCGCGCAGCGAGUGUUGCUGGAGCGACAGAUCAAUGUGCGGGGAAAUGUCACAGAUAUACCUCUGCGAUUACCCGAGGCCCGUGAGAAUCGUCACGCAAUGGCGCGAGCAUUGUACUCGCGCACGUUCGCGUGGCUCGUGCGUCACGUGAACAGUACGUCGGCGCCGGGCCGCGAGGCGCCGCGCUCGCUCGGCGUACUAGACAUAUUCGGCUUCGAGAACUUCGCGUGCAACUCGCUAGAACAGCUGUGCAUCAACUACGCCAACGAGAAGUUGCAUAUGUUCUUCAAUAAUUACGUGUUCGCGUUAGAACAGGAAAUCGGGUCUGAUGGUGCUUACCUGACUAACAUCCAAGGUGAAUUCGGCGAACACCAAAGCUUUGUGAAAGGUUCCCGCAGGAAAUGGGAGGAAGAGUUCGGUGUCCAACAUUACGCCGGCGCCGUCACCUAUAGCGUCCAGGGUUUCGUCGAUAAGAAUAGGGAUACUCAACAGGACGCCUUCAUUGACCAUCUGAGCAGAUCUGCCAAUCCCUUCGUUAGAGAACUGGCUGAUUAUGUGCAAGAAUUGGCGCCUCCUGGUCAUGAUAUUUCAUUAUCAAGUCCUAAUUCUACUGGCACCACCCAGCGAGGUACUUCCAAAGGUCGGCCCACAGUUGUCGACACCUUCAGGGCUCAACUGCAAUCACUAGUAGACAUGCUACAAGCUACCGAUGUAUGGUACGUCCGCUGCAUAAAACCUAACGAGAACAAGGAGGCGGGUAAGUACGACGACCAGCUGGUGGUGGAACAGCUGCGAUACCUCGGCAUGAACGAGAUCGUGCGGAUCCGCCGCGACGGGUACCCGGUGCACCUGCCCGCGCCACACUUCCAGGCGCGGUACCGCUGCCUGCUGCCCCACCCGAGGCCUGCCGCUCCUGACCCCAAAACAAUAAUGGCAGUAGUGCAAGCAUCCAAUGAUGACUGGCAGAUAGGCCACACUAAAAUUUUCAUGCGAAGCUCCAUACACUCGCCUCUCGAAGCUAAAAGGACUUUCCUUCUUCAAUCGUCCGCAUUGCUCAUUCAGAAGUGGUACAAAGGUUCGAUAAAACGUCGUCAAUAUCUCCAAUGGCGCAACGCGGUGAUAGUUCUGCAGUCAGCGUGGCGAGGAUGGAAGGAGCGCGCCGCCUUCCUGCGGCUGAGGAGGGCCGCGCUCACUCUACAGAGACAUCUCAGAGGAGCCUUCGCUAGAGAAGUGGCAGCCGCGCUCAGGGAGAUGAAGAGAGUCAAUCAGGAGAUCAAGCUGAGAGAAGAGAGGAACAGUCUAGCAGAAAAAGUGUGCGCCGAACGAGCGGAGUUGGAAACGAUGGCGGAACAACUGCGCGGUCUGGCAGUAGGCGGAGUGAACGGUGGCCGCGCGGACUCGCUCAACUUGGACAACUUGUUCGAUUUCCUAGCUGAGGUACCAGCUCAACGUGGCGCGCCAGACGGUCAGCCGGAUCGACAGCCAACUAUUGCCGAAAUCGGCGCCUCCAUGGAACGACUAGCCGACGAUCUGCAUCAGGAAUUGGAGCAUGUUCUAGCAGCGGAAAUGAAUGAGCUCGGCAUGUCCCACACUGAAGCACAGCGCAAGCCGGACGGUGCUCCCUCCGAAGCUAUUCCCCCUCCCCCACCCUCCUCCCUCCCUCUCCACACCAUCCUCCAACCUUCUCUCCCUCCCUCUAUGACUUCAUCGAUGACCAACGGUAUGACAACGUCUAUCAUCGGAACGUCACCGAUGUCUAACGACGAUGUUGCUAUGACUGGCGAUGUGAUGACGUCAUCGCUCACGAUGCCUCCGCCGCCGGUGGUGGAGGCGUGCGUGGAACAGUCGCCGGUGUUCCCGCCGCCGCCCGCGUGCACGCUGCCCGAGCCGCGCGGGCCGCCCCCGCCCCCGCCCCCGCCAUCACACCCACCCCCGCCGACACAGAAAGAUUCUACUCCGCCGGAGUUGACGAACGGCGUGAUCCCCAACGGCAAAUUGUCAGUGAUAAACGGCAAAGAGCCUAUCUACGAGGCAGUCAUACCGCGUGCUGACCAACAAACCAACAAAGAUAAUGCCAAAGAAGUCACUCUACCCACGCCGCCUCCGCCGCCACCGCCACCGCCGGAAAAUAAUGAGUAA